GUUGAACGAAUGUAAACAGCAUACAUUUUUCCCAAUUUCUUGUAUAAUGUCGGCCACGAAAUAGUUUGUUAAUUGUACAAAACUGUGACAAUACUAAUCACUUUUUACGCUGAUAUUAUAAUGGUAUUUUUACAUUUGUUUUUCAAUAUACCAAACCCGAAAACCAUACGCUGUAAUUGUAGCGCGCAUAUAACCGGUGUGUCAGUUGUUUGUUAUGAUUUCCUAGAAUUAUUUCUAGCAUCUAUUUCCAUUCAUAAUUGAAAACAGUGUUUAUGGUUGAUACAGUAAUACAAGAGGAAAACAUCGGUUAUGAAACGCUUAUUGUAAAACCAAUCAUCAAAAAAUGCUACUACAUUUAACGCACCCGCGGCCAUCAAUCGUCCGAAAUAACAGCAGCGUUCAGCGGUAUUUUUCCAACAUUUGCCGGCUAAAAGUGUUGUUCUUUGGUACGGACCACUUCUCACUGCCCAGCCUGAAAAUCAUACAUAAGAAUCUAAUAAAUAAUGGUACAGUGGAACGGCUCGAGGUAGUUACAUCGUUCAAAGCAGCAAAGAACCCAGUGAAACAGUACAGCCGAAUAGAAGGUAUACCCAUUCAUGACUGGCCAUCUUUCUCCCCAGCUACUGCUGGUUCGUUUAAUCUGGGUGUUGUUGUUUCAUUCGGACAUCUAAUCCCGGAGUGCUUGAUCAAUUCCUUCAAUCGAGGAAUGCUUAAUGUACACGCUAGUCUACUACCAAAGCUGAGAGGUGCAGCACCGAUAGUUCAUGCUAUUGCUAAUGGUGAUCAGCGGACAGGAAUCAGUAUAAUGCGAAUCAAACCAAAACAAUUCGAUGUUGGUGAAAUACUUUUACAGUCUUCCGUCGAUAUUGGACGCGACACGCUGAUGCCUCAAUUGCAUGAUCGCUUGGCAAACAUCGGAGCUGAAUGUUUGAUCACUUGUAUUGAAGAUUUAGACAGUUAUUCGCAAAGGCAAAUGAUGCAGAAUGAUGCUGAGGCAACAUACGCUCCAAAAAUUGAUCAAAAGUUUGCUGAAAUCCGAUGGAGCAAUUCGACAGCAGUAAGAGUAUAUGAUACGUACCGAUCUUUGUAUGGGUUGAGACCUUUACUCACUACCUUCGGUGGAGAUGUAGUGAAAAUAUUUAAAUUAUCAUUUAAUAGAGAGCAAAACGAACCAGCACAAAUAUUGCAGCAUCAACCGGGCCAAGUGGAAUACUUAAAACGGAACAAGCAGUUGCUGGUACGUUGUGUUGACGGACGAUUACUUGAAAUACUUCAACUGUCCGUCGGAGGAAAGAAGAUGCUUACAGGGCAAGACUUCUACAAUGGCUUUUUAAGCAAAGUGAUCCCAUCGGAAAGGUAUUUCAAGUGAAUGUGAAACGAUGAUAGUAAAACAUUUAGAACAGAAUGUUCCUA